GAGCAAGAGGAAAAAAAAAAACAAGAAAGCAAAAAAGGAGCAAGAGAAACAAGAGAGCAAAAAGAGCAAGAAGCAAGAGAGCAAAAGAAAAGCCCAGAAGCUAGAAAAAACGAGAAACCCGAAAAGAGAGGCAGGGGAACCCAGAGGCCCGGAGAAACGAAGAGGCCCCGGAG